AUGCGCCGCAUCUUGUCCAUCCCCCCAAAUCAACCGCUUCCUCCCGGAGUGAACCAAGUCGCUGUUGUGAACCUCCGCGACAUCAUGGAUUCUGAGCAAGACUAUACGUCUCACGCGAACGCGUCGACGUGCGUGAAGUCCAAGUGCACGGCCGUCACCAAGGUCAUGUCGUACACGGACGUGACGCCGAACGACGAAGACGAGCUCAAGGCGGCGGUGGCACGGCAGGCCGUGUCCGUGGCGAUCGAAGCUGACCAGCCCGAGUUUCAGUUUUACAAGUCGGGCGUGUUCCACAGGAGUUGCGGGACCAAGUUGGACCACGGCGUGCUGGUCGUGGGCUACGGCACGAAGGAUGGCGACAAGUAUUGGAAGGUCAAGAACUCGUGGGGCGAAGAGUGGGGCGCCGCCGGGUUCAUUGGCCCGUGA